AGCCGAAGUGGUUUGCCGAGAGAAGACUGUUGCUGUCGAGGCAGGGAGGAGGGGCCCGAAGCGUGAGGGGAGCGAUGAGGGCCGUGUUGACGUGGAGAGACAAAGUGGAGCAAUGUAUCUACGACCUCGCAUUUAAGCCUGAUGGAACUCAACUGAUUCUGGCUGCAGGAAACAGAUUGCUGGUUUAUGACACCUCUGAUGGCACCUUACUUCAGCCCCUCAAGGGACACAAAGACACUGUGUACUGCGUGGCGUAUGCAAAGGAUGGCAAGCGCUUUGCAUCUGGAUCUGCUGACAAGAGCAUCAUUAUCUGGACCUCAAAACUGGAAGGCAUUCUAAAGUACACGCACAAUGACUCUAUACAGUGUGUCUCCUACAAUCCUGUUACCCACCAGCUGGCAUCCUGUUCCUCCAGUGACUUUGGGCUGUGGUCUCCUGAGCAGAAGUCUGUCUCCAAGCACAAAUCCAGCAGCAAGAUUACCUGCUGCAGCUGGACAAACGAUGGUCAGUACCUGGCUCUGGGGAUGUCCAAUGGAGUCAUCAGCAUACGGAACAAAAAUGGCGAAGAGAAAGUGAAGAUCGAGCGGCCAGGGGGUUCCCUCUCCCCAAUAUGGUCCAUCUGCUGGAAUCCUUCAAGCCGAUGGGAGAAUAUCUGGAUGAGCAGAGAGAACGAGGAUGCUGAGGAUGUCAUUGUCAACAGAUAUUUUCAGGAAAUCCCUUCCAUUCUGAAGUCAACAGUGUACAAUAGUCAGGGUAGUGAGGCAGAGGAGGAAGAGCAAGAGGAAGAGGACGACAGUCCCAGGGACGGCAACUCAGAGGAACAUAAUGACAUCCUGGCUGUAGCUGACUGGGGACAGAAACUUUCCUUCUAUCAGCUGAGUGGAAAACAGAUUGGAAAGGAUCGGCCACUGAACUUUGACCCCUGCUGCAUCAGCUACUUCACCAAAGGAGAGUACAUUUUGGUGGGGGGUUCAGACAAGCAGGUAUCUCUUUUCACCAAGGAUGGAGUUCGACUGGGGACCGUUGGGGAGCAGAACUCCUGGGUGUGGACCUGUAGAGUGAAACCUGACUCCAACUACGUGGUGGUAGGCUGCCAAGAUGGCACCAUUUCCUUCUACCAGCUUAUCUUCAGCACAGUCCACGGACUCUAUAAGGAUCGGUAUGCCUACAGGGACAGCAUGACAGAUGUCAUUGUACAACACCUGAUUACAGAGCAGAAAGUUCGGAUUAAAUGCAGAGAGCUUGUCAAGAAAAUUGCCAUCUACAAAAAUCGAUUAGCUAUCCAGCUGCCAGAGAAGAUCCUCAUCUAUGAGCUGUACUCAGACGACUCGGCAGACAUGCAUUACCGAGUGAAGGAGAAAAUUGUCAAGAAGUUUGAGUGCAACCUGCUGGUGGUGUGUGCUGACCACAUCAUCUUGUGCCAGGAGAAACGACUGCAGUGUCUGUCCUUCAGUGGAGUGAAGGAAAGGGAGUGGCAGAUGGAGUCUCUCAUUCGGUACAUCAAGGUGAUCGGUGGCCCUGCUGGAAGGGAAGGUCUGUUGGUGGGCCUGAAAAACGGCCAGAUCCUGAAGAUCUUUGUGGACAAUCUCUUUGCCAUUGUCCUGCUGAAGCAGGCCACAGCCGUGCGCUGCUUGGAUAUGAGUGCCUCCCGGAAUAAGCUGGCUGUGGUGGAUGAAAAUGACACGUGCUUGGUGUAUGACAUCCACACGAAGGAGCUGCUUUUUCAGGAACCAAAUGCCAAUAGUGUGGCCUGGAACACCCAGUGUGAGGACAUGCUUUGCUUCUCCGGAGGAGGCUACCUCAACAUCAAGGCCAGCACCUUCCCAGUGCACCAGCAGAAGCUGCAGGGCUUCGUGGUUGGCUACAACGGCUCCAAGAUCUUCUGCCUUCAUGUCUUCUCUAUGUCUGCCGUGGAGGUGCCACAGUCUGCUCCGAUGUACCAAUACCUUGAUAGGAAAAUGUUUAGAGAAGCCUACCAGAUCGCCUGCUUGGGAGUGACAGACACUGACUGGCGUGAACUGGCCAUGGAAGCUCUAGAAGGAUUAGAGUUUGAAACUGCAAAGAAGGCUUUCACCAGAGUCCAGGACCUUCGAUACCUAGAGCUGAUCAGCAGUAUUGAGGAGAGGAAGAAGCGGGGAGAGAGCAACAAUGACCUGUUUCUGGCAGAUGUGUUUUCCUACCAGGGGAAGUUCCACGAAGCUGCCAAACUGUACAAGAGGAGCGGACACGAGAACCUCGCACUCGACAUGUACACUGACCUCUGCAUGUUCGAGUACGCCAAGGAUUUCCUUGGAUCUGGAGACCCUAAAGAAACAAAGAUGCUCAUCACCAAGCAGGCCGACUGGGCUAGAAACAUCAACGAGCCCAAAGCUGCGGUAGAGAUGUACAUCUCAGCAGGGGAGCAUACUAAGGCCAUAGAGAUCAGUGGCAGCCAUGGCUGGGUUGACAUGUUGAUUGACAUUGCUCGAAAGCUGGACAAGGCUGAGCGGGAGCCCCUGCUCAUGUGUGCUCGGUACUUUAAGAAGCUGGACAGUCCUGGCUAUGCUGCUGAGACCUACCUAAAGGUCGGUGACCUGAAGUCUCUGGUGCAGCUGUAUGUGGACACCAAGCGCUGGGAUGAGGCCUUUGCUUUGGGUGAGAAGCACCCUGAGUUCAAGGAUGACAUCUACGUGCCCUAUGCUCAGUGGCUAGCGGAGAACGACCGCUUUGAGGAAGCCCAGAAAGCAUUUCACAAGGCCGGGAGGCAAGGGGAAGCAGUCCGUGUGUUGGAGCAGCUCACACACAAUGCUGUGGUGGAGAGCAGGUUUAACGAUGCUGCCUAUUAUUACUGGAUGCUGUCCAUGCAGUGCCUCGACAUGGCGCAAGCAGAUCCUGCCCAGAAGGAUGUGAUGCUUGACAAAUUCCACCAUUUCCAGCACCUGGCUGAGCUGUACCAUGGCUACCAAACCAUUCAUCGCUAUACGCCUCUAGGAUGUGGGUUCAGAAGAUGACUCUGGAUGCCACACGUCCCACCGUGAAAAAUGACCUUGGCCCAUCCUGCACCUUCUCUGUACUUCAGUUUCCAUGUCUAUGAAAUGGAGAUGAUAGACGGAUGGGAUGUCUAUGAGUUCACUUUGCAAAUGUGGCUCUGGUUCCCUUCAUCCCUCGGGUGGAAAUUUCAUAGCAGCUUUCACAGCCUACUCAUUUCAGUUCAGUGUCAGCUCCCUGGCCUCUCAGAGGCCCUGCCUUCCCCAGGUGCCCCUGCCCUUUGUCUGCAUUCCUCUCUGCCCUGUCCUAGUCUCUGGGAAGCAUUAGAUCUCACUGGGCCUAUCCAUAGCCCUGUGCCAUCUCUUUGCCAGUAGCAUCUGUGGGCUCAAGCAGACUAGUCUUCCAUUUAGCCCCUUGUCCCAAGCAACUGAAAAGCUACGGAAAAAGGAGCUUGCACACAGCUUGGGGUUGGAGGCAGACCAGGGUCGGGCAUGCUAAGCUGCCUUGGGUGCCUAGCCCUUGGCUUCUGAGUUCCCAGCUUGCCUGCUUCUCCCUGCUCUAUGUGUCUGUGCAAGAGUCGCCUCACGUAACAGCUGAGCUCUGUUUCUGAUGCACACAGUGCUGAGCUAGGUCCACCCUUGGGACUCAGGCUGGCCUCCAGGCCAAAGCUGCUUUCUUGGGCUAUUCCUUCAACCAGUGCCAGUGUGUCACAGUCCCUGUGAUGAGGCCUGGAACACAGUGGUGAGCAAGACAUAGUCCCUGCCAUAAGGAACUCACAGUGUAGUAAGUGGGACAGCCCUGAAGGGAAAAACUCUGAGGUGGCUUUUUUGAAGAGGUGGUCCGUCCACCAAGGAGAGGGACAAGUGAAGAAGAGGAGGGAAAAGGAUUUGUGGCAGGCAGGCAGAGACCAGGGCAGUUGAAGAUUUGGCACUGGGCCAUGCAGCCCUGAGUGAGAAUGGAUUAUUGUAAGACAGCAAAGAGAAACACAGACCCUUCUAGGGGCUCAGGGCUUCUUUCCCAGAGAAGCAGUGGCGAUCUGGACGCUUGCUUCCCUAGUGCCUGGAGUCCUCAAGCUCACACCCAGGAGAGCAUGUGUCUCAGGUUUCCCUCCAUUCCUGGGGCCAACAGAAGCUGCAGAAGUGCGUAAGGCAGCAUGGUAGCACAUGGCAGCCCUCAGGAGGUGGAGUGAGGAAGAUCACCCUUGGCUACAUAAGGAGGCUACAGCUAACCUCAGCUAAAGACCUUUUCUCAAAAUAGAAACAAACAAAAAGGAAGAGGAGGAGGAAAAAAAUGUAAUUAGGAGUUCAGGAGAAGUCGCUGGAGAGAAGUCGCUGGGCUCUGAACCAAAGUAGAAAGUCACUUCUCACAGCUUUGAGCCUCCCCAGGGCCAAGUCUGGUGGCUGUUAUUCGAGAGCCUGGCCAGACCCUUAGGGAGAGCUCUGGGUGGGAGGGAGCUGGUCAGCCCGUCCAUAUCUGAAGUGAGGUUUGCACCUGUAGCCUGAUGGCAGUGUCAGACUCCCCCAAAACAAGUCCUCGUCACAAACAAGCCCUGUGGAUAGAUCCUUCCCUGAUGGGCUUGGUCAUACUUCUGGAAGCCCCUGGGUGCAGUAGGUCUGUUCAUUCCACCAGUGGUGGUGGAGACCACCUGUGAGAGCCUGGGCCAGCCUGGGUGUCGUGUGCAUUUGGUGGCACAUUUUGUAUCGGCAGCCAUUGAGGAACAAGGAAGAGGCUUGCUUUGUCCUGCAGGAAGGGGUUAAGUGCUCCACUAGGUCAUGUCCUCACUCCUACAGAGGCCUCAAGCUUAGCAAAUGGAGCAUCCCAGGGACACUGCAGCUGUGAGAAGCACAUUCUCUAGGGUUGUGGGGAUAAGCCCUGGGUUUGAAUCUCACCUCUGUCCCAUUCUGGUGAGUGACAUGGACUAUCACUUCUCUCCCUGGUCUGUCUGUGUUACAGGCUAGUGGGCCCAGCUGUCAUGCCAGCACACAGUAGGUGCUCAGAGUG